AUGGAAAGACAACUCAGAGAGUACACGGAGCGUGAGCUUGAGGUAGCACAGAUCCUGGCCACCUUCCACUUGACGGCAAGGGAAGUGGUUCCAGGUGUGGAAAUCGUCUACUACCCAGCAGGGGUUCAGCGUCCUCAGCAAGCCAACAUGACCGUACAGCAACAGCCGCGGCCUUCGCUGCCGACGCCGGCCUGGGGAGCAAGAGCAGAAGCAGGAGCAGGAGCGGCAGCAACAUCGGCGCCAGGAGCAGCAGUCCCACUGAGAACGACAACGAAGACGACAACGAACCCAGCGCUGCACAGAGGCAGCCAACCUCCCCCUACCCCUCAGCCUCAACCUCGCCCUACCACCGGUACUGGCACUGGUACAUUCAUUUGCCCUUCUGCGCCUCUCCUUCCUGGCACCCCGUCAGCGCACCAGUCGCAUGCACCAACGGCGGGGACUCACCAGGCCGCGAUCCCAAACAAUCACGCGCCGCCGCUACCACCGACACAGUCACCGGCGCAGAGACCUGCACCAUACCGAUACAGCUGCUACGCGUGCCAACAUGUCUCGCAGAGGGUCGGGUGCGUGGUGAAUCACAUGGUCAAUCGGCACGGCGUGGACCGGGCUCAGGUGGACAGAGCCAGGAUUGAGGCUUCAAGAGUACAGAUGCUGUGGUGA